GAUUACUUGCUUGCAGCAGGACCUCUUGCCAGGAACUUUCUUUAGGCAAAGACGCACUGUGUGGAUAUAUGGUCUUGAAAAUGAACUUUAAGGAGAUUUUUCUAGCAAAGUACCUGGUGAUUUUAUUUUUCAGUGUAAAAGGUUCACUUGGAAAACUUGCAAAGGUUUCAGCAAUUCUGAGUGAGUCUGUUCUCCUGAAUAUUUCUAGUCCUGUAAAUGAGAAAAUAGAUGAGGUAAAAUGGUCGAAAGAAGGACAUAUGAUUGCAAAACUCAUCAAUUCUUCAAUAGUUUAUUACGCCAACAAAGAAAAGUAUUGCCUUUUUGGAAAUGGGACCCUGAAAAUUGAACAAUUGGUGCAACAGGACAGUGGAAAUUACACAGCUGAAGUCUAUCACUCUGAUGGUACUCAAUCAGAGACAAAGAACAUUGUUCUGAGCUUUGUUGAGCGUGUCCCACAACCACUGCUCACAUGGGAUUGUACUAGAAAACAACUUAAGUUGACAUGUGAGGUAAAGCAGGAUCCUAAACCAGUUUCUCAGAUCAUUCAUUAUGAUGACAAAUCUCUCAAGUUGAUAAAAGAAUGGAAAUCUCCAAAUGGCUCUUGGAACGUGGAAUAUCAAGGGACUAAAAAUGCCUCUGGGAAGUACACGUGCACUGUUUCAAAUGGCCUGACCAGCAAAAGUGAUAUCAGAUAUAUCAAGUGUACAGGUCUGGACCUCCUUCUCAUCCUGUGCAUUGCAGGAGGUGCUGUCGUCUUUGUCAUUAUUUUGGUUCUGCUGAUUUAUUGUAUCCGGAGGAAGAGAAUGGAACACUAUGAAGAAGAAGAUGAUGAUGAGGAGAUGCCAGUGCAGAUUUUUCCAGUGGAAGAUGGAAUGAAACAGCGGGAGCUUCCACCUCCUCCAGGUCGUGCUCCCCAGAGGCAGCCAAGGCAGCCACAGAGACCACCUCCCCAGUCUCAGCCUCAAGCACAGCAACUUGCAGCGCCCCCACGGCCCAGACCACGCACUCAGCAGAGACCUCCAAACCGCAUAAAGGAGAGAACAUAAAUGCUUGGCCAGGAGGAACAGACACUGCCCCACAAUCUUCCCUGAUGUGAGCCACCAAAAAGAUAGCUUUGCAAAUAGCCAGGAAAUCCUUCAUACUUUCAGGACUCAGCAAUGCAAUGGCAGCAUUUGUUGAGGAGGAUCACUUCAUAUACACUCAUGUCCUAUACACUGAAUCUGAAGAGACCCAGUGAUGUGAAUUGAGUUGAUCAAGGUUCAUCAUCUUUGUCAUUUUCCCCCUGGGAACACCCUGCUAAUGUGGAGCCUUGAAAUCUACUUCAUUGUGCUUUGCUUGGUUUCACCAGAUUUUACAGUCUUUCCGCUCUUGGGAGAGAUUCUAUCUAGAAGUCUCUACAGCUCUAAUGAGAUGACACCAACUCAUUCCUGUUGCAUGAUUUUAACACAUGAAUCACUCUCAACACCUAAAGGCAUGCAAACACUUCCUGACCUGUUGCAACCAAAUAUUUGACUUGCUGGUGGUCAGAAAAAUAGCCCUGUGUAUUACAGUGUGGGUCUGAUGCAGAGGAGUCCUGGCAAGAAAUUGAAACUCUGUUUCAAGGCCCCUUCAUGCAAACUAGAUCAGGGUUUCUGAGGCAGACACGUUUGUCAGCAUCUGUUGCUUUGUGAGAUUAAUGUUACAAAUCCCACCCAGAACCAAGCAAUCCAAUUAAUAUCUAUGUUCACUGAAUCUGGAUGGCUUUCUUGUCAUCACAUGGUAACCUCUUGUUCUUGGAAUGGGUCUGUGUUGGCCAGUUCAGACGCUAAGGUUAGUGUUCCACCUGCAGCCUCCUUGCUUGUGCCAGAGGGAGAUGUUUAUUAUCUUGUUUUUUUCUGCAAGUGCUCCUGCAGCUCUUAUGCUUGUCUGCCAGGUCCCCAUCCAAACCGAAGGCUUCAGGAGGUCUUAUUUGUUCUUUUUGUCCUGUGAACUAUUUAGCAGACAUCUGACACAGUGUGCUUCAGGUGAUACCCAGAGGGUCCCUGUUUGAGAGUUCUGGAUACAGAUAGGCUUGUCUCAUGACACAUAUCCACUGAUUUCUGUGCUAACUGCUACAAUAACUACCAUGUCCAUAGAGGAGCAAUCUACUGAAAGCUCUCUCUUUAGUAGAGAAGACAAUGCUUGGCUGGACUGCAGGACUUUGUAUGUCAUGGGAAGGCAUUAUUUCUUAUUCCUCUGAACCUUGGAGACUUCUCUAACUUCUCUCUUCGGCUCUCAACUGGGACAGCAGCAGAGAGCCUAGCCUUCUGUUUUUUACGAUAUUGUUUUGAAUGGAUAAAACAGGCCCUCUGACUGCGCACUGAGCAAGGGGUGGAAAUGAGAUGUGGUGUGAAUAGAACCUCUGCUGGAAUUGCUACUUACAGAGCAUUUCAGUCAUGGCUCUUCUACUUAAAGCAGAUGAAUGUAUUGCAUGUUUCUGGGCUUGGAGUAGUUAAUGUAUUCCACUGGUGUUAAAAGAUGUGUCUUGACUUUUUUCAACACACAUGACUAUUUUGAGUUUGCCAGUGUUGUUGCAGGUGGAGGGAAAGGGGCUGGGGAGAAGAUGGAUGCUCUGCCUGUUGAGUUGCUUUGCUUUGUUUUUCUUCAGAUGCUACUCAGUAUGACCUCCUGACUCCAUUUCCUGCAGUCUGUCCUAAUGCUUCCAUUAUUUAAAAGUUUAUUGUUUCAAUAUCCUGUACUUUAUUUUGCAUGUGAGUAUUAGUGUGGUGAGUAAAUAAAUAAAGAUUAACAAAUGGA